UAACAGAAAUAUUUAUUACACUUAGUUUUAUCAAAUAUUUAAUACUUUUAUUAAUGUAUUUAUACUGAAAAAAUAAUACAUGUGAUGUUAAAUUAAAAAUUGCUGUAUUAGCAUUCAAAAUACUCUAUUGAAAAUUUUUUAAUAUUAUUUAAGUAAAAUGAUAGAAUUAGAUGCCAGAGAUUUUUCAGGCACUUGGAGUAAAGGUGGAUCAGCUCCGGUUCUUUUACCAGCAGUUGUUGCUGCUCUUACUAAAAAUAAAAAAAAUUCAAUUAGUGUUGAACGGCGUCAAUCGGGUGAUGACAUACUUGCAAAAGGAACUCCAAAAGUACAAUUGUUGAAAAAUAAAUCUCAACAAACACAGUCUCCCCCACAAAAUAUACAAAAUACACAAAAAAGGCUAUCACCAAAACCACGUACGGCACAAUCACCUUCUCACACUAGAAAAACAAAUGUUCUCUUAGAUGCUUUUCGACCACGUUCUAAAUCUGAUGCUGCUUCUAAAAAAAACAGUACAAUAAUGUUCCAAAUGAAAAAUUCUAUUCAGGUAAAUUUUGGAGCCUAAUAAUUAUAUUAAUAAAUUUUA